AUGGUGAAUGAAUCCCCGCCUACUCCAGAGAAGAUUAUCAAUGGAUACAUAGUCGAAAAGACUAUAGGAAGGGGAGCAUUCGGAAGAAUCGUAAAAGUAACAAAAAAUAACAAUGAUGGGAAAGAAUACGCUCUAAAAAUCCCGAAAAAAGGCAAAGAAAGAUCACUUGUCACAGAGCGAAAGUUCUUAGAAAAGCUCCAAGGUUCCCCUUACUUUCCAAAGAUCAUAGAUUACCGAGAAGGCUACGAAAAAAAUAAUUAUCUUGCAAUGGAGUUACUAGGUCCCUCACUUGGCAAAGUUAAAGAUGUUGCUCCAUGUCACAGACUCUCACUAUCAACUUCGAUUCGUGUUGGAAUCGAAAUGUUAAGAUCUAUUCGUGCUUUCCAUAAGCUAGGUUUUAUUCAUCGUGACAUCAAACCAGAUAACUUCCUUGUACGUGGAUCAAGAAUGUAUCCUAUUGUUCUGAUUGACUAUGGAAUUAGUAGAAGAUACCUCGAUGCAGAGACAGGAAGACCAAUUCCUCCACGUCCUUUUGUCGGUUUCGUCGGAACAAUGAAAUACGCAUCGAUUAAUGCUCACGAAGGCCGCGAACUCGGCAGAAGAGACGAUCUUUAUAGCUGGUUUGUCUCUCUCCUCGUUAUUAUGACUGAUCAUGUACCUUGGAAGACAAACAGAAACAACAAGAUCAUGGCUCAGACCAAGAAAAUUACAAACAUUGAAAAAUUCUGUCUAAAAUUACCAAAACAACUCGUUAAAAUCUACUAUAUCAUCAUGAGAAUGAAGUUCGGCGAUGAGCCAAAGUAUGAUUUGCUUAUCGCUUUUCUCAACGAAGCCCUCAAAGAAGUUGGAGGAAGUUGGUCAGAGAAAUACGACUGGGAGAACUUCUCAAAGAACCGUUUAAACAAAAUAUCAUCAGUCAAUAUCGUUCCACCACACGAUGAACCAGCAAAUAUACCUACAAAUCUCCCAUCCACAAACAUUGAGAUACCAAUGUCCUCUCCGCUUCCUUUGUUGCCACGAAACACACAAUCCCUUGGCAACAACUUUUCGAAGAGUCAGUUCCUUUUCAACCUUCAGCAACAAGCUCAGGAAGUAACAGAUGAUUCGGAAGAUUCUUACAGUUAUACGUCAUCGUCAGCGUGUUCAACAUUCUCUUGGUCGACAAGUAGACGUUUUUAUACAGGUUCUCAUACGUCAAGUAUCUCUACAGAGUCACAAUACUCAUCAUCUUCGGAUGACGAUAGCGAUUCUUACUACUACUCGUCGUCAUCGAGUUCCUCAUCGUAUUCCUCGGGAUCUUCCUCUGAUUCGAAGCCUUCUAAACAAGCCGCUGCUGCUAAACCACCUGCUCCAGCUCCACCAGCUCAAAAGAAGAACAGACCAGCUGCUUGGCAUGACAGUAUCGAGUGCCUGAAGGCCCUUCCUGUAACUAAGAAGCGCAGAAGACAUUAUAAAUCCGAUCCUUCAGUUAUGACUAAGACAAACUCGAAAGCGCCAGCAAACGAAUACAAGAAACACCUUGUCAGAAGCCAUGACGAAAUUAGAAGUCCAUCUGAAGUGGACAACUUCGAUAUCAGCGCCAAAAACUUCGGAGAUCCGAAUUGGCCGAAGGCGAGCCCUGUUACAGGUGAUUAUGGUCGCAGAAUGUCAAUGGUUCCUCGAAUGCUUCAGUCUUCUCCUCAAUUUGACUUAGCAGCUGCAAAAUUAAAGAGACCUCCGCCAAUUCCUAUCAAAAAGACCUCAUUCUCACCUCCAACACCCGUUCUCAGAAACGAAUUCCCAAAGAUAAAUACACUAAAUAGCCCGACUCCACCAUCCCCAAUAAUAACUGGUGGUGCCCCCUCAGAUAAUUCCCAAUGCAACGAAUUAACAGAUUCCAACCCUAAAAUCUCGCUCGAUACACAUCCUCGUGCAGUGGAAGACCACACAAGUAUAUUAUAUUCACAUGCUCCCCCUACAGAACCAAAACCAAGUCCAGAAGCGAAACCAAGAAGGAGAUCUUCCAUCAUAGGUGAAGAAAACUACAUCCCUAUGACAGAGAUAGCACCUGUCUCUAGUCCAAAGAAGGAACCAUUGCUAAAAAAAGUAAGUUUCUCCUUUGACAAUGAAUCGCCAUCAAAAAUCAAUGAAGGGGAAGAAAGAAUUAUCGAUAUAGAAAUCAGCGACAAAAUAGAGAAGGAGAUGCAGUCAGAAGAUGAAGACAAAUCAAUUUCAUCAUCUUUAUCUUCGACUGUUGUUAAUUCUUCUGAACAAUCAACUUCCAAUUCUUCGACUACAUCAGAAAAAGGCGAUGAAGACAAACAAAAAAGCCAAAAUAAAGACGAUGAAGACAAACAAAAAAGCCAAAAUAAAGACGAUGAAGACAAACAAAAAAGCCAAAAUAAAGACGAUGAAGACAAACAAAAAAGCCAAAAUAAAGACGAUGAAGACAAACAAAAAAGCCAAAAUAAAGGCGAUGAAGACAAACAAAAAAGCCAAAAUAAAGACGAUGAAGACAAACAAAAAAGCCAAAAUAAAGACGAUGAAGACAAACAAAAAAGCCAAAAUAAAGACGAUGAAGACAAACAAAAAAGCCAAAAUAAAGACGAUGAAGACAAAAACAUCGUCAAAGGAGACAAAAAUAAACAAAUUAAUGAAGAAAAGAAACCAGAACAGACUACGAAACCUAAAGAAGAAGAAAAAACAGAACAAAAGCCAAUAAUUGCAGAUGAUAACAAAAUUAGUCAGGAAUCAAAACCAGAACCACCAAAACAAAACAACACCGAUCAGAAGCCACAAAUUUCCUCAGAAAAACCAAGUGAAGAAGAAAAAAGGGUAAAUUCUGACGAAACGAAGAAAAAUGAAGAGGUAAAGAAGCAAAAACAGGCAAAAGAGGAUCCAAAUGAUGAAGAUGUUAACUGCAAAUGCAGAAUUUAA